GGCCAUGACUGCUACCCGGUUCUGUUUGUAUAUGACGGUGCUGCGGGCUCGGUAACGUUCGGCGGGAAGCUGGACGUUCCCAAGCAGACGUCUCAGAGAGGGAUCAGCGCCAGGGAACGCUUCCAGAACCUGGACCGCCGAGCGACCUCGUCCGAGACCACCGAGCAGGGACUGGAGAGUCUGCACAAGAACAGCAUCAGUCAGAUCUCUGUGCUGGAGGGAGGAAAGAGUAAGUGUUCCAAGUUCUGUACCACUGGGAUGGACGGAGGGAUGGUCACAUGGGACGUCAAGAGUCUGGAGUCUGCCAUGAAGGAUCUCAAGAUAGUCUGAUACUCUGACCCUCUGUCGACCAGCCGACCAGCCGACCAGCCGACCAGCCGGCCAGCCGACCAGCCGACCAGCCGGGAUAUGAAGAAAUCUCACCUCUUUGCCUUUCUGCUUCUCUGCGUCUGUCUGUCUCUGCUGCUGCUGGAGACAUCUCCUUUCUGUCUAGUAGUGCACUAGGUCGACCAGGACCCAUAGGACUCUGGUCAAAAGUAGUGCACUAGGUAGACCAGGACCCAUAGGACUCUGGUCAAAAGUAG